CAUGGAUAUAUAUCUUCGUCAUAUAUAAUCGAAAGAAAGGUGGAUGUUACGUUGCAUUAUUAAUGUAUAAAAUGGCUUGACAAACACAAGCCCACAUCCACCACUCCACACCUUUGUCCUCUUCUUCUUUUUUUCUUCCUCCUCCAUUUCUCUGCAACCCCAAAGUUCAAAUUCUGCAUUUCUCCAAAUCAAGAGAGAUAUAUGAAUAUAAAAAGCUAGCAAGUGGUAUAAUUAUACAUAAGUAAGUGGAUACAUAUAGCUAGUGAAGAUGUGGAAGCUAAAGAUAGCGGAAGACGGCGAUUUUCUUACCACAACCAACGGCCACAUCGGGAGGCAACACUGGGAGUUCGACCCGAAUGCCGGAACCGCUGAAGAAAGGCAAGCCGUGGAAAGGGUUCGUGAAGAGUUCAAGCUCAAUCGAUUCAGAGUGAAGCAGAGUGCUGAUCUCUUGAUGAGGAUGCAGCUGACGAAAGAGAACCCAACUGGGACGAUUCCAUCAGCAGUGAAAUUGAAGGAAAGCGAAGAGAUAACAGAGGAAGCUGUGAAAACCACAUUGACGAGGUCCAUCAGCUUCUACUCCUCCAUUCAAGCCCAUGACGGCCACUGGCCUGCUGAAUCUGCUGGGCCACUCUUUUUCAUGCCUCCUUUGGUAAUGGCGCUGUAUGUCACUGGAUCACUCCACACUGCCCUGUCAUUGGAGCACCAGAAGGAAAUCAAGCGUUACAUUUACAAUCACCAGGCAACAUUCACCGUUUAAUACACAGUCGUUUUACUCAUUUAUUAUCAUCUAUCACCUAAUUGCUGUGUUAAGUUACAUUUGGUUGGGGAUAUCAAUGAACCAGAAUGAAGAUGGAGGAUGGGGAUUGCACAUAGAAGGGCACAGCACCAUGUUUGGAUCUGCACUAAGCUACAUAUGCUUAAGGCUGCUUGGAGAGGGCCCUGAAGGUGGGGAAGACAAGGCUGUUUCCAGAGGUCGAAAAUGGAUUCUGAGUCAUGGCGGUUUAGUUGGCAUACCUUCUUGGGGAAAGUUUUGGGUCUCUGUACUUGGACUGUAUGAAUGGUCAGGCUGCAACCCGUUUCCUCCAGAGUUCUGGCUGGUUCCACCAAGCUCCCCUGUCCAUCCAGGCAAAAUGUUGUGUUAUUGUCGACUAGUUUACAUGCCAAUGUCAUACCUCUAUGGCAAGAGAUUUGUUGGGCCAAUCACUGCAUUGAUUCAAACCCUAAGGGGAGAACUCUACAAUGAAUCAUACCAUAAGAUCAACUGGAAUGCGGCCAGAAACACAGUCGCAAAGGAGGACCUCUACUACCCACAUCCUUUAGUACAGGACUUGACGUGGGGAUUUCUUCACCACUUUGCAGAGCCUCUGCUGACACGCUGGCCGUUCUCCAAGGUGAGGGAGAAGGCGUUGCGAGUGGCCAUGGAACAUGUUCACUACGAGGAUGAGAACAGCAGAUACCUCUGCAUCGGAUGUGUCGAAAAGGUUCUGUGUCUGAUGGCUUGUUGGGUUGAGAAUCCCAAUUCAGAAGCCUACCAACGCCAUCUGACCAGGCUUCCUGAUUACUACUGGGUUGCUGAAGAUGGCCUCAAGAUGCAGACAUUUGGGUGCCAAACGUGGGAUGCUGUUUUUGCAAUCCAGGCAAUCAUGUCUAGCAACUUGAGCAAUGAGUAUGGGUCGACUCUCCGAAAAGCACACGAUUUCUUGAAAGCUUCACAGGUAAGAGAGAAUCCGAGUGGCGACUUCAAGGCCAUGUAUAGGCACAUAUCCAAAGGGGCUUGGACCUUCUCAGCUCAAGAUCAUGGGUGGCAGGUUUCUGAUUGCACUGCUGAGGGACUCAAGUGUGCACUUUUGUUCUCUCAAAUGCCCGUAGAACUUGUGGGGGAGCCGAUGGGGAAAGAACAGUUGUUUGAUGCUGUUAAUGUCAUUCUUUCCCUUCAAAGCAACAAUGGUGGAUUCCCAGCUUGGGAGCAACAAAGAGCGUUUCAAUGGUUGGAGAAGUUUAAUCCAACCGAGUUUUUCGAAGAUACUUUGAUUGAGAGAGAGUACAUAGAAUGCAGUGGAUCUGCAAUUCAAAGCCUUGCGAUGUUUAGGAAACACUACCCUACACAUAGAAGGAAGGAAAUCGAUCUUUCCAUCGCAAGAGGAGUCCAUUACAUUGAACAAACACAAAAUCCCGAUGGUUCGUGGUACGGAUGCUGGGGUAUUUGCUACACAUAUGGGACAUGGUUUGCCGUGGAGGGGCUGGUUUCUUGUGGUAGAAGUUACACCAAUAGCCCGGCGUUACGAAAAGCCUGUCAAUUCUUGCUGUCCAAGCAACUCCCUUGUGGUGGAUGGGGGGAGAGCUAUCUUUCAAGUCAAAACAAGGUGUACACGAAUUUGGAAGGAGGCCGGCCGAAUUUGGUUCAAACUGCAUGGGCCUUGCUCUCCCUAAUUGAUGCUGGACAGGCUAAUGUGGAUCCCACACCAAUCCAUGAGGGGAUAAGGCUAUUGAUCAAUUAUCAAAUGGAGGACGGUGACUUCCCUCAGCAGAGAUCAAGCUCCAGCAAUAUCUUCCGGUUGCUCCGCGAUCUCCUCGCCAUCCUCUUCCUCCUCUCCAGCGGCGAUUCAGGCUUCGACUGGAACACCACUAUCUCCCCUGCUGCUCUGCCUCCUCCUCCUUCGUUACUUUGCUUCUCGGUCGCCACCAGCGGCUCGAAUUCUUCUUUCGGAGAGGAAACUAUCAGCUCGGAAUUGAAAUCUUUAUCCUGUUCAACGACAUCGGAGCUCUGGAUUACAUUUGGUUGCUCUGUUCUUUUUCCGAUUCUGGAGAUGGGAUGGGAUCGGCGGCGGGGAGAAUUGGAGAAGAGAGGGCGUUGCCGAAAAACCAGAGCGACUCUAGGCUCUCCACCAGCUGCUCGUAUUCCGCCAUUGGAAAUCCCCAACAGGCGAGAUUUCGGAGAGAGAUUAGGGAUUCAAGACCAUCGACUGAACCCUUUGUCGCCCUCUUUCGCCCAAAUCCAAUCGACAUUUCCUCUAUCUCCAAUCGAAAUCCCAGACCAUCGACUGAAUCCUUUGUCGCCCUCAUAUCGAUGAUGGUUGAGGACGCCAGAUCCGAGCAGCGAAUCGAGGUCGUGGAGAAGGCUGGAGAGAGUUGCGGAAGAGAAGUCUUGGUCGCUGGAAGAGCAUCUUGUCGCCGGGGAGGGGAUUUGA